CACAGUAACGACGCCCAAAAUCCACUCCUUCGUUCAGUAGUCCUCCAACUGUUUGAUGAAUUGUAGAUCAAAAUUGGGAAGAAUUGUAGAUCAAAAUUGCCUAUUACUUGCUAUUUCCACGCACACACACACCAUAAAUAUUAGGUAUUUGAACUGAGCUGAGUCCAAGGAUGAGAGUUCAGAGCCUAGGUGCAAAUUCGGCCUCCUCGAAACUAAGCUCAUUUUGGGGGAAAACUCUCAGCUCACCAAUCCACGUUCAUAACAAAAACAUAAGAUUCCCAAUCAUUGGGUGCCAUAAUCUGUCAAUAAAAUGCGGUGUUCGGUUUCGCCCUUGCAUUGAUAUACACAAGGGAAAAGUAAAGCAGAUUGUUGGAUCCACACUAAAUGAUACUAAGGAUGGGGAUUCGAGUCUUGUAACCAAUUUCGUAUCUGAUAACUCGGCUGGAGUGUAUGCAAAGCUUUACAAAGAUGACGGACUUAAAGGUGGUCAUGUAAUAAUGCUUGGAGCGGACCCUUUGAGCCAAGCAGCAGCAAUUGAAGCAAUACAUGCUUAUCCUGGUGGCUUGCAUGUUGGAGGAGGUAUCAAUUCAAACAAUGCAGUAAGUUACAUAGAAGCAGGAGCAAGCCAUGUCAUUGUUACAUCUUAUGUCUUCAACAAUGGGCAAAUGGACCUUGACAAACUGAAAGAGCUUUCUCAAGUUGUUGGAAAACAGAGACUUGUUUUAGAUCUUAGUUGCCGCAAAAAGGAGGGUAAAUAUGUAAUAGUCACAGAUAGAUGGCAGAAGUUCACUGAUGUACAUCUAAAUCAGGAAGUACUGGAUUUUCUUGCCCAGUAUGCUGAUGAAUUUUUAGUCCAUGGAGUUGAUGUUGAAGGAAAAAAGCUGGGAAUAGAUGAAGAACUCGUGACAUUACUUGGCAAGUAUUCACCUAUUCCCGUUACAUAUGCUGGUGGUGUCACUGUAAUGGCUGAUUUGGAGAGGAUCAAAGUUGCGGGGAUGGGUCGUGUGGAUGUUACCGUGGGAAGUGCUCUGGACAUAUUUGGUGGGAAGUUGGCAUACAAAGAUGUCGUGGCUUGGCAUGCACAGCAGAACCCCUUAGUGGUUUAAUGUCUCACCUUGGUUCAUCCAAAUUUUGCAUUGUAAGAAUAAACCUCAAAUUAUCCUUGUUUGCUUUGUGAUUACUCAAUUGGACUGUUAGUUUGAAGUGUUGUGAACUUUCAUUUGUCGUUUUACCAUAGUGCUUGAGGUGGUUGUAAAAACCAUAAGUUAGAUAAGAAUAAAUGAAUAAACAAAAU